AUGCCCGGCCGCGUAGCAGACAGGCGAAGGGCGCGCGCGUCCGGCGCCGCCAGCUCCGCCAAAUCAUCCACCACCGCCCGGUCGCGCAACUCCAGGUCCACCCGCACCUCCGCCAACGCCGUCGAGAUCCCCGAUGAGGGCGAGUCCACUUCUCUGCGCGAGCAGAUCUGCCGUAUUUUCGGCGACGCUCAGCGCACCACCGCCACCCAGCGCAAGCUUGUCGUGCAAUUGCGCAAAAUCCAGGAAGCCUGCUGCUACGAGCCUGUCAAGCCCAAGAAACAACAAUCCAACGAAGACUUUGGCGAGGAAGAGUUCAACGCUGAAGUCGGUCGCUGCAUGCUGCGCAUCCUGCCCGUCAAGAAGAGCGAGCCUGUAGGCGACCGCAUCAUCAGAUUUCUGGCCUUGUUCCUGAAGCACUCGAGCGACAAAGAUAACCAAAUCGCUCAGGACGCAAAUCCGGACGAGACUACAAUUCCCUCCACGCCGAGCAGCCGCUUAACCACCCAUGUUCUUUCCGGUGUCGUCCCUCUCCUCACAGCCAAGGACAAGGUCGUCCGAUUCAGGUCGACGCAGAUAAUCUCGCACAUUCUCAACACCGUCGACUCUAUCGACGACGAAUUGUUUCCGCUGAUUCGCUUGGGCCUGCUCAAGAGGCUUCAGGAUAAGGAGGCUCAGGUGCGUGUCCAGGCGAUUCUGGGUUUGGGACGUCUCGCCGACGGCGAUGAAGAGGAGGACGAGGACAGCGAUGAUGAGGACAGCGCAAAAGGCCUUCUCGUGAGGCUGUUGAACGUGCUUCAAAAUGAUCCGGCUGCUGAAGUCCGCCGCUCGUUGCUGCUCAACCUGCCUUUGACUCCCUCUACAUUACCAUACCUUCUGGAGCGCGCUAGGGACCUUGAUCCUGCGACGAGAAGAGUACUCUACUCCCGGCUUCUUCCUGCUUGCGGCGAUUUCCGCCAUCUGUCGCUGACUCACAGAGAAAAACUCCUUCGCUGGGGCUUGAGGGACCGUGACGAAAACGUGCGCAAGGCUACUGCCCGCCUAUUCCGCGAACGUUGGAUUGAGGACUGUGCCGGCGUUCCGACGGCAACCCAGGACAGCAAUGCUGCCGUGAAGCAGCUGUCAAAGCCAAGCUUCGAUGCACUUAUGGAGCUUCUUGAGCGUAUCGAUGUCUCAAAUUCCGGUGUCGAGGGUGGCGUUGCUCACGAUGCCAUGAAAGAAUUCUGGGAUGGACGGCCUGACUAUCGCGACCAAAUCAGCUUCGAGGAUCCAUUUUGGGACAACCUGACUCCAGAGAGCUCUUUCAUUGCCCGCUCAUUCAACGACUUCUGUCGAAAUGGUGGGGACAGCAGGCUCCAAAGCACUCUUGAGGAUAAGAUGCCCGAGGUCACCAAAUACGGGUACUUGAUCCAGAAGCAUAUCUCGAAACUCAUUCAAGGUGUUCAGAGGGUGGCAGAAGACAAUGAAGAUCCAGAAGUUGAGGAGGAAGCCGUCCAGCAAGAGUUCUGCGUCGAACAGCUUCUUCACAUCGCCCUCACGCUUGACUACACGGAUGAAAUUGGUCGCCGGAAGAUGUUCUCGACCAUGCGUGAGGCCCUUGCCGUUCCAGAGCUUCCAGAAGAAUGCACAAAAUUGGUCGUGGAGAUUCUGCGCACCGUCUGUGGCGACAACGUCGCGGGCGAGCGAGAGUUCUGCGGAAUAGUGCUCGAGGCUAUUGCCGACGUGCACGAUACCAUUAUGGGUGAUGAUAAUGAUGACGAUGACAACGAAAGCUUCCAUUCAGCACGAUCUGACAUCGAUGAAGAGCAUGACGAAAGCAGCACAAGGGAGAAACUGAAGAAAAAGAACCCAGACAUGACCGAUGAGGAGCUGGAUGCGGCUGAAGAAGAGAAGGCUGUCCGGGAAAUCAUGGUUAACAUGAAGUGUCUUCACAUCGCUCAAUGCAUGUUGCAGAACGUGCAAUGUGAGCUCGAGUCCAACAGUGCACUCAUUACCAUGUUGAACAACUUGGUCGUGCCCGCUGUUCGCUCUCAGGAGGCACCAAUCAGAGAACGUGGUUUCCUCUGCCUAGGUCUCUGUUGCCUUCUAAGCAAAAAUAUCGCCCAGGAGAACCUUGCUCUUUUCCUCCACUGCUUUGCCAAGGGUCAUGAGGCGUUGCAGACUAUCGCACUUCAGAUUAUCACCGAUAUCCUCACCACACACCCUAUGCUACUUGCUCCUCCGCCAGCACCUACAGAUCCGGAUGCUUCGGAAAUCGCCCCCGUCAACCCGCUUCUCAAGCCUGUUCACAAGAUGUUCUUCAAGGCAGUCAAGUCCACUGAUCCUGGUGUUGCAACAACGGGUGCUGUGGCUGCUAGCAAGCUCAUGCUCCUCAAUAUAUUGCGCGAUGCGGACCUCCUCAAAUCUCUCACCAUCGCAUAUUUCAACCCUGAAUCGCAACAUAACCCUGGGCUUCGGCAAGCGUUGACCUACUUCUUGCCAGUCUACUGCCAUUCUCGGAAAGACAAUGCGGAGCGGAUGGCAAGCAUAGCUGUGUCCGUUGUUCAUGCAAUGAGGGGUGUCCAGGAAGAACUGGAAGAGGAGGGCGAUGUGGAGAUGGUUGGCAUUGGUGUUGUGGGAAGCCAGAUUGUCGAUUGGACGGAUCCACGAAAACUGGUCGGCGCAGAUGACGCGAGCGGGAAGCUCGUCAGUGGCGAGGCCAAGAUUGAAGGCCUGGGUGACGCUCACCUACUUCUUGCGGAGGAUCUUCUCGAGAAGAUUCUUACUCCGGGAACAACCAGAGACGAAAAGAAAAUCUAUGUAUCCAUGCUCGGCAAGUUGCAUGUGCACCCCACAUGCUCCCCAGAGAAGAUCCAAUCGGUCACCGAUCUCGUCGAAGAAAGCCUUGACAGCAAACUCGCCGCAACCGACUCCACCGCUCGCAACGCUUUCACCAAGCUGUCCAACGGCCUGGCCAAGCUGUCCGCUCCUUCAGAGAGAGCUGACAACAGCGGCACGGUGGUCCCUGAUGCGGACGAUGCCGGGCAGAACAGAGAUGAUGACCAGGUCACCGUCAACGACAAAAACGACGAUGGCAACACCACUGUCAACGAGGAAGCCGCAUCCGUCGCCGAUGCUACUGAAGCGGAAGCUCCUUCUGUUGCGGGUGAUGUGGACGCCAUGUCCGUUGUCGAAGAAGAGGAGGAAGAGGACCAAGAGGACACCGUGGUACAGAAGCAGGCACCCGCUACUCUGUCUCUCGAGGAGCAGAUCCAGAUGCAGCUACAAGAUGAGGUUAUGGAGGAUGUGGACGCGGAAGGGACGGUGAUGCCGCAUGGAGACGAGAUGGACAUCGAUGAGGAAGAAGAGGAGGAUCAGGAAGAGGAAAGGCAAGGCAGCGAAGAAGACGAAUCGGAAGAGAUUAUGGUCGCGAAAGAACCGACUCCGCCGCCGCCGCCACCACCACAGCCUAAGAAGCGAGGCAGGAAGAAGAAAGAACCCGAGCCGGAGCCGGAACCUACGACCGAGGUCAAGUUGGAGUCGGAAAUAGAGGAGGAGCAACCGAAGCCGAAGAGGCGCGGUAGGCCCCCGGGCUCGUCCAAGAAGGCAGCCGGCGAGUCGUCGGCUGAGAAGAAGAAGGCCCCAGCGAAAAGGGGAGCUGGCAGUAGGGCGACAACAGUGGAGAAGGAAGAAGGGGCUGGCGCUCGCCGGGGCAGGGGUAGGCCGAAAAAGGCGGCGCCGAAAGAUGUGGUCGACGAUCUGCUGGAGAGCGAUGAUGAGUAG